AGGCGGAUUGGAGUUUCCAUGGUAACACAGUGUCAACAUCCCGAGUUGGCGAGCGUGCGCUAUUAGCAAGUCAGAGAUGUCUGCGCUGAGCAGGAAGUUAAUCCAAAACUUGGCUGAAACUCUGUCUAAACAAGUUAAACACUUUAAUAAAACUGAAGCGGAGUGCCUGAUCCGACUGUUUAACACACUGCUAGGAGAACAGACUGAGAGGAAAGCGGCUCAUGGACUGGACCGGGGCAAAUUCCGCAACAUCCUGCACAACACAUUCGGACUGACCGAUGAUAUGAUUAUGGACCGAGUUUUUCGUGCCUUUGACAAGGACAACGAUAGCUACAUCAGUGUUAAAGAGUGGAUAGAAGGACUAGCGGUCUUCCUCCGAGGGACACUGGAUGAGAAAAUAAAAUUCUGUUUUGACGUGUAUGACCUGAAUGGGGACGGCUACAUAUCUCGGGAGGAAAUGUUCCACAUGCUGAAGAACAGCCUGAUAAGACAGCUGACUGAGGAAGACCCCGAUGAAGGAAUUAAGGACCUUGUGGAAAUAAUACUAAAGAAAAUGGAUUACGACCACGACAGCAGACUUUCAUAUUCAGACUUUGAAAAGGCUGUGAGGGAUGAAAAUCUGUUAUUAGAGGCUUUUGGAUCUUGUCUUCCUGACAGAAAGAGCAUACAGGCAUUUGAGCAACAUGCAUUCCAGGAUACACUGAGGGCCUGAAUCACUCAAUGAACAAAUUCACAACAAGGUUUUAAAACCAAAUGCAGCUCCUGUUCAACAUGUUACUCCAUAGGAAUUGUUAGAAUG